GUUACAUAACCUCUGUCCUUAUAAAGCACAUUUAAUUUAAAUAUUAAUCAGUUGUACGAAAUUAUUCCAUUCAGAAGCAAUAUAUUCAUGAUAUCAAACAGUUUGUCAAUAUUUAACCACAGAAAUGUUGAUCCAAAAAAAUAUGCGACUUUUGGCCAAAUUUGAAAGUUUAUUUCAAAAAAGAAAUGCCAGUAAAAUCUCUUUUAUUGGCUUGGGCCAAAUGGGGUCCAAGAUGGCCCGAAACCUCAUAAAAAAAGGCAACACUGUAAAAGUUUUUGACGUCAUACCCGAGGCAAGAAACAGUAUAGAGGGCGCGCAACCCUGCGACAGCCUUCAACAGGUGGUGGAAGGAUGUGACGUCAUAAUUACAAUGUUGCCAAACGGCAGGAUAGUGAAGGAGAUCACUUUAGGACAACGGGGAGUUUUGGAGCACUUGGAGAAGGGGGCUGUGCUUGUUGAUUGCUCGACAAUCGAGCAUCAAUGCGCUGUUGAUGUCAACGAGGCAGUGUUAAAAAGGGGGGGCAAGUUUUUGGACGCCCCUGUAUCAGGUGGUAUUACUGGAGCCGAAGCGGGCACUCUGACUUUUAUGGUGGGAGGGGAUGAAACCACAGUAAAAACAGUAGAACCGACUUUACUACAAAUGGGGCAAAAAGUUUACCAUUGCGGGCAGACUGGUUCCGGACAAAUUGCAAAAAUGUGCAACAAUCUCAUUUUGGGCGUGACUAUGAUAGGAACAUGCGAGGCCAUGAAUCUAGCUCGAAAACUAGGUUUGGACCAGAAAAAAUUAACGGAAAUAGUUAACGCUUCCACCGGAAAAUCCUGGUCUUCGGAGAUAUACAACCCAGUGCCGGGUAUUUUGCCCAACGUGCCCUCUUCGAAUGGAUAUAAAGGGGGCUUUGCUGUGCCCCUUAUGGCUAAGGAUUUGGGUAUAGCAGACAGUGCUGCACUUGCCUGCGGGGCCGCUGUGCCCCUCACUGCAGCUGCCCUGCAGAUAUACAGGAUGAUGCAGAAUCAUGGGUUCGAACAGAAAGAUUUCUCGUCUGUGUAUGAGUUUUUGAAGGGGAAAAAUAGUAAAUAAGUUUACAAAAAAUGUAUUUUUUUGUUAAAAAAACAUCGAAAAAUCCCUUAAAACAAUGUCUUGUGCCACUCCAUGUAGUGUAUGCUCUAAGGUUAUUUUUCUGAAAAAUCGUUUAAAUUAAUUUAGUAAUUAUUAUUUGAUUGUUUGUAGUAGUAAUUUAAUUUUUUUAUAGAAAAAAAAAGAUAGAAAAGUAUUUUUUGUUUGCAUUUUUUAGAUAGUUAAAAAAAGAUUUUAGGAUUUUUUUCCUAAAAAAAAUCAAUAUUUUAGCUCUUAAUCAAUCCAUGUUUUAUAUCGUCCAAGGUUGUCCCGGCGAAUUCGCCAUUUUUGCAAAAAAUACAAACAUAAAUUAAAUUGUAGAAACUAUAAUAAAAAUCACAAAAACAAAAAAUAGAAAAAGUCAUUAAAAACAAUAUUUUAGCAAAAAAUCCCUUAGAGUAUACAUCACAUGGAGUGCCAAAGCUCUGAAUCAAUCCAUGUUUUAUAUUGUCUAAGGUUAUCCCGGCACAUUCGCCAUUUUCGCAAAAAUAAUAAAUUUUAACAAAACGACUUUUAAAUUUAUUUAAAAAGGUAAAAUAGAAUCCCUUAAAAAAGUAUUUAUACUUUUUAUCUUAAAAACCUUGAUAAAAAUAGGUUACUCUUUUUAAGUAUUUUUGUUUCCAUGUUAAAGUUGUUGAAACCAUGUUAAAAAUCCCAAAAACAAAAUAAAGAGUUUCGAAAUCUUCGUCAAUUUUCAUAAUUUAAAAUAUGCAAAAUGACGGGUUUGUGUUUUUUGAAGGAAAAAAAAAUUGAAAAGGUUUUUGGGUUUUUUGUUUUUAGCUUAAAAUCCCUUAGAGUAUACAUCACAUGGAGUGCUAAAGCUCUGAAUUCAAUCCAUGUUUUAUGUUGUCUAAGGUUGUCCCGGCGAAUUCGCCAUUUUUUGCAAAAAAUCGUAAACAACACUAUAGCGUCGUAUACUUUUAAAUUCAUUUAAAAAAAG